AUGAGAGGGGGGAAGCGUUACAAUAACUUCAAAUGGAAAAUAUUCUUUUCUGCUGACUACAACUACAGUUAUAACGAUUUCCUCGCAUCUGUUUCUCCUCAAGUUGAAAUUGAGGACAUGGGGAAUGGAAGUAAAAAAAUAACUUUCGAUCAAGGUGAUGGUGAUAUCGGUGACACUAAUAGAGUCAACACGGACUAUCAGAAAAUAUUCACAAAAGAGGAACAACCCGAAAAUCCAAAAGGGCAAGUAAGUGAAACUAAGGCAGAAGUUAACACAUCACACAUAAGGCUCUUCCCUCUCGGAUGUUGCACUGAGCGAUCGUGUUCACUAGAAACUUGUAUUUAA